GGUCAAGUUUCCCAAGCGAGCGGCAGCCAAUCGUCUCGUUGGAGCUCCAAGCAGGACAAAGUCCUCCCUCCUGCCCCCCGCCCGCCCGCCCUCUUCAGCGGGUUUAACGUUACCUGUACCUGUUCAGGUGAGCAGCACUGCUCAUGAAGUCAACAAAGUCCCCCACCCAUGUCUCCCGCUUGUGUCCACCUGACCGCGCCUAACCAGACCCGCACCUUCAACUCGCAAUGGCCGAGGCCUCGGCGCCGGCCCUCGACAGCCUCGUCUGCCACAUCUGUCUGCAGCGGCUGGUCUGUCCCCUGGACACGCCGUGUGGACACACCUACUGCCAGGAGUGCCUUACCAGCUUCCUGCUGGAGAGUGACCUUUGCCCCGUGUGCCGAACGCCACUCAUGAUACAGAAUGGCAAGAGUCCGAGCCUCCUGGUCAACAAGAUGCUGGACCAGCUGACUGUGGCCUGUCCCCCCGCUGAUCAUUGCACUGAAGUCCUGACCCCUGGUGACCCGGAGGACCAUGACAACAGCAGUGGGCAACCUGAACCCGCUGUGGCGAUGGAGGACACCUCUGCGCCCCCCGUGUCCUCGCCAGACCCCGGACGCCAGUCUCCGCCUCCCAAUUUGUGCGCGUCGUGCGGCCACAGUCACCAGCUGGAGGAGAACCACGAGUACCUGUACAAAGACGAGGUGGACACCGACCUUGUCUGCCACAUCUGUCUGCAGCCGCUCAUCCGUCCCCUGGACACGCCCUGCGGACACACCUAUUGCCAGGAGUGCCUCACCAGCUUCCUGCUGGAGAGCGACUUCUGCCCGGUGUGCCGCGCGCCCCUCAUGCUGCAGAGCUGCAGGAAGCCCAGCCUGCUGGUGCACAAGCUGCUGGACAAGCUGACUGUCUGUUGUCCCUUCAAGGACUAUUGCACUGAAAACCUGGCCCGGUGCGACCUGGAGGACCAUAUCAGGAGCAGGUGUAAAGGCGCCUCUCACUAUGGCCUAUCGGCGGACAGGAAGCGGCGCUCGCAGGAGGGCGAGUGCACCGACAGCACGUCGGAGCUCACCAUCGCCACGCUGCCCGGCGACUGCCCCACCUCCGCCGCCGUGGCCCUGCUGGCGGAAGAGGCGGGCCUGGUCAACCCGGGGUUCGACCCCAGCAUGGAGGACCAGAGCCAGUCGGGCAGCACCACCAGCCUGGCGGCGCGCUGCGGCAGCAAGAAGAGUGAGUUGAGGAGUCGUUCCUUUCGGAGGCUGAACCGGGCCUUCAGCGUCCUCAGGAGGACCAAGAGUGGCACGGCCGUCAACAACGAGACGUCGGAGGAGAGGGACAACGCCAGGAAUUCCAGCGUUGCAACAAGGAGGGAGCUGCUGGCUCUGCCUCAGCUCCAUCACCUGAUCCCAGACGGGGAGCUUACCAGUAUUAAAAUCACCAGGGUGGACCCCUCGGAGCCGCUGGCCAUCAGUAUCGUCGGCGGCAACGAGACGCCAUUGGUCCGCAUCCUCAUCCAGGACAUAUACAGGGAGGGCGUCAUCGCUCGUGACGGACGCUUGCUGCCGGGGGACAUGAUCCUCAAGGUCAACGGCAUUGACAUCAGCAACGUGUCUCACUGUUACGCCGUGGCCACCCUCAAGCAGCCCUGCCAGCUUCUGCGCCUCACCGUCCUCCGGGAGCAGCACCACCGCUACCGCCACCCGCAGGCGCACGGCCUCGCCGGGGCCCACCCGUCCCACGGCCUCCCCCACCACCACCCCUUCAGGGACGACAACGUCCACGUGGUCCUGAGCAAGAGCGCGCCAGACGAGCAGCUGGGCAUCAAGCUGGUGAGGCGGCCCGAGGACCCCGGCCUGCACAUCUUUGACCUGCUGGAGGGCGGGAUGGCGGCGCGCGACGGGCAGCUGUGCGUCGGCGACCGCGUGCUCGCCAUCAACGGGCACGAUCUUCGCUACGGAGCGCCGGAACAUGCUGCUAUGCUUAUCCAGGCAAGCGAGGAGGGCGUCCACUUUGUGGUGUCUCGUCAGAUCUGCCUCCCCGCACCCGACAUCCUCCAGGAAGCUCCGUGGGCCAUGGAUGGUCCUCCGCCAUACUCCCCCGUAGAUAUAGAGCAAACACUGCUGGAUUCCUGUCAGAAGCCCGCCUGCUAUGAGAAGACGGUCACGCUGAGCAAGGAGCCGUACCACUCGCUGGGCAUGGCGGUGGCGGGGGGCAUGUCCAGUCGGGGCUGGGACCUGCCCAUCUAUAUCACUAACGUGGACCCCGACGGGGUAGUGGGCCAGGAGGGCUCCAUACGCAAAGGCGACAUCUUGCUGGACGUCAACGGCGUGGACCUGACGGGCGUGACGCGCAGCGAGGCGGUGGCCAACCUGAAGAACACCUCCUCCCCCGUGGUGCUCAAGGUCCUGGAGAUGCGGCCCCCCGAGGAGGGCCCCGGGGACGACGAGCUGCCGCCGUGUCUGGCGCCCUCGCCCGGCGACGGCACCAAGAGCCUGCUGCCCAACGACGACUACUCCCCGCUGUGGGUGUCCUGGCUGCAGCUGCCCAGGCACCUGUACAGCUGCAAGGACAUCGUGCUGCGGCGGAGCAUGUCAGGCAGCCUGGGCUUCAGCAUCGUGGGAGGUCAGGAGGAGGUCAACUGCAACCAGUGCUUUUUUAUACGCUCCAUCGUCAAGGGCACGCCCGCCUACAACGACGGCGGCAUCAGGUGCGGGGACAUCCUGCUGGAGGUGAAUGGUAAGAGUACAUGGGGUAUGACCCACGUGGCGCUGGUGCGUCUCCUCAAGGAGCUCCGAGGAAGAAUCACGCUGACCAUCGUCUCCUGGCCGGGCAGCCUGCUGUAGCCACGCCCCCUUGUGGGAGGAGCUUAGAACAGCCCUCUACUCGGACGGACCUUGUUUGAGAGAAAGGACAAAUUGUGACUUGGACACAAGCACCUGUGAGGAGACAGCAGUUCCAAGUCAGGACUUUGAGGUCCAUCAAGGACUUGCCAGACUUUGAGGUCCAUCAAGGACUUGCCAGACUUUGAGGUCCAUCAAGGACUUGGCGGACUCCUCUUCUCUGUUCGUGGCUGCAGGCUGCUGGUCCCGACUCCAGUCCACGGACCACCGCUCACGUUGCCAAGUCCUCGUCUCUGUCCUUUUUGACUCUUUUGUUAGUUGACUCUCAAGAGAACAUCAUCCGUGUGUUCAUCAGUUGUUUCAAAAGGAAGAUAUUUAAUAAUUAUUAGGUGACUUUGUGGAGGCCUUAACUCAUUUUCUUACUUUUAAGAGGAAAAAAAACCAAAAAAAAAUCACUGACUUGUAUCCGUCGAUGGUCUUGGAGGCCAUCCGCUGUGGUUCUUUGUGUCCGCUUCGGCCCGUGUCGUUUAUCUGAUGGUACACUUGGUUCAAUGGUCAAUAAAGUCAU